CUUCUCUCUCUAGAACGAUAACGACUCCUACUCCUGGUCAGAUUUUGCUUGUGUGUCGUUACGUUAUUAUUCUGUGUCUCACAUUUCAAGCCUUUAUACUGUGCCUUCGUCCAUUUUCGUUUUCCCCGGUCUCCUGCCGCUCUUAUCUGAUCGUCUGCCUUGUCGCAUUGACCAGUACCGUCUCUAACGGCUCAGACACUUUACUGACCUAGCUGUCUCCCGAUACCAUUUGAACAGUUUUGGCUUUAUCGGAUCUAUACCUGUGCAAGGCCAGAAUGGCCACUACUGAGGGCCCCGCCAGGGCGCAUGACCGCAAUGGGCGCCGUCGCCCAUUUUCUAGUUGGAUGAAGCGCCUCGCCAGUCUCAAGAGCUCCACCGAUUCAGGCAGUACUCGUUGGUCUCACAAACGCCAUGCUGUACCCAAACACAAACGGAGUCUGAAGAACAAUCCCUACCCGCUCUCCGGCACAGUCAACAUCCAUGAAUAUAACAGUGACAAUAAUCCAUCCGACUUCAGUGAUAGUAAUGAACAAAGGUCGUGUUCGCAGAGCGAGCCGUCUCUGGCGUACUCCGGGUGCGACAAUCAAGUGCUGGCGACCAGUGCAAAGUCUACCGCGCCAACUAUCUCUACAAACGGUGACACAGCGAUCUCGGAUGCUGCUUAUUCUAAGGCCGGGACAAUGGCAACGGUGGGCGGCGGGAUCAGUUCACAUGGAGGAGGUGAAGGAAGUACCUUCUCCUCCCCAGCACCGUCAGUACGGUCGCUAACCACCACUUUAACCACCGUGCAGUCGGCGGCCCCUUCCGGUCAUCUUUAUAAUACGCAGAAUACACAACACGGUAUACAUCAUACAGGCUCAAUAAACAGCACUACACCACAGCAAGUACAGUUUUCACAUCAAUUUCCUCCUUCUCCGGCUACUGCAGUACCGCCCCACCUUGCCCCUCACGGCCACUCCGUUACGUACAGUACUGCGACUGCAAACAACCUUUUGACUGAUAACGCUUCUAUUCUCACGCUGGCAUCUUCCUCUAAGAGACGUCGACGGAACUCACUGGAUACCAAUGCCUCAAUACGUGCCCUCGCCCCGUCGAGUGUUUUCGGCGGUAGCCGGGAAAGUCUGCCAUUGAGCGUACUGAGCGGAAAUGUGGGUGAACCGUCGAAUACAUCCACAUUCAACGCCCCCGGAGUCCUCAACCGACCGAGUAUAGUUGGCCUAGCUAGUGCGGAGCGGAUCAGCAUUUAUUCAGCCUCUGGCGCAGCACCUAUAAGCGGAGGUGGUGAACGCGGCAGCCUGUAUACGAACAAACCAAGCCCGGGCGUAGGGGAUGGUGCAAGUUUUGUGAGUGCGGGCCAGUCCCAUAGCCGGCAUGACAGUAACGCGGCAAGUAUCUCCGGGGUUACUGGGACCAUGGCCAAUGCGAUAUCAACCGGGCGUAUCAGCCGCCGAGGCUCGGGAUGGGGAGAAAUCACGGGCGAUGAAAGUGACGAGGAGAAGCCGAGAGACCGAAAGGAGGACGAAGAGCUUGAGACCAAGUCUGAAGUGCCGGGCGAGGCGAAGAAGGGCUAGGUUCAUGACCGAUGGUUGUCCCCGCUUGAGAUUGGGGCAACCUUGAGAUGAUGUUACGCACUCAGGAAACUGAAUUUCUCAUGUAUAAUUUUCGUUCACAUGACGAUUAAUGCAAAGAAGGUAAGGUAGAGAACGUUUACGAAGGAGUUGGGUCGGAGUUUGAUUGUUUCUGUCUGUUUUUCUUUUUCAUCUUGGGUUCAUGCCAGUUCUUCGGGUGGUGAUAAGGUAUUUGGACGGACUUGGUGGGCUUGAUAUCCCCUGCGAAUGAGUUUCACUGUCAUUUUUCAUUUUAUUCUCAAUUUUCACAGUUAAUAACAUGCUAGUCCAGUAAUCAGACGGGGCUGAAAAUAGAAACAGAGAAUAGAAACAGAUGUUCUCCAUCACAAGGCCAUCAUU